AUGUCUAGGACACACAGGCCUCCUGUUUCGCUCGUGCUCCUACUGUGGAUGCUGGACCUUACCACCUCUAAAGAUGCUGUGCCCCCGCGCGGCGAUGCGGAGGUGGUGUGUGUGUUCCAGGAGGACUAUGCUGUGGCCCCGCGCGGCGAUGCAGAGGUGGUGUGUGUGUUCCAGGAGGACUGUGUGCUGCCGUGCACGUUCCUGCGCGGGGGGAUGGUGAUCCACUGGUACAAGCAGCAGAUCCCCGUGCACAGCUACUACUACCACAAGGACCAGCUCAGGCUGCAGAACAAGCACUUCAGCGGGCGCACACACCUCUUCAACACACACAUCGCCAACGGCAACGCCUCACUCAUGCUCCGCAGGGUCAAGGUGCAGGACCAAGGCCGAUACAAGUGCUUCACCAGCACCCGAAAGGACAGCCAGGAGACCUUCGUUAACCUCCGGGUCAAAGCUCUGAUCCCAUUGGUGAGGAUGGAGAUGACCAAUGAGUCCGUCACCUGCCAGUCGCAGAACAUCUACCCCGCCCCCGAGGUGUGGUGGUCCACGGACCCGCCCGUCCCCCCCGGUUCCCUGGCCAACUCCACCCGCAAGACGGCCGACUCCAGAGGCCUGUUCGCCGUGGAGAGCUCCGUGGGGAUUGUGGGUAAUGCCUCAGACUACGCCUACUUCUGCUCCGUCAUCUCCGCAGACGGAGCGCAGGUGUGGACCGCCUCACACAGACUGCAAGAUGACCUGUUUGGCGACUCUGGCGAAAGUGUGCUGGUGCCCUGCGUGGCUCCAAAGGGCUUCACGCUCCAGAACUUCACGCUCUCCUGGACGUUCAGCCGCAGCCGUAGUGACGACCCCGGCGAUGACCCCAGUGUCCUGCUGACCUACGACAGUCGCACGCGGCGGCCCAGCAUGCCCUGGGAGGGCGGCGUGGAGCUGGACCCGGAGCAGGUGCUGCUGGGAAACGGAUCUCUGCGUCUACUGCGUCCAGACAGUGUGCAGAACACGGGCCGCUACACCUGCACCUUCUCCGCCCCCCACACCACUCACCUGAUACACACCUGGGUCAACAUCACCGACAGGAGUGCAGACGAGGACCAGCGUGUGUGUAAGAGGUCCUGGUGGGGGACGGCCGCCUCCAUCUGUGUGUUUGUGGUCUCCAUGGCAGCAGGAGUGAUGCGCUGCUUCAGGACAGGAGGAGGCCCAUCAGCACAUGCAAACGGAGGCAAACUGGUGAAGAUCAGCAUGUCUCAGAUCGACGUUCCCAUGCUGGGUCUCCCUGGCGCUGACGCACCCGGGUCGGGCGGUUCUGGUCUGAAUGACGGAGGAAGUCUCCGACUCCACACAGCCAGGGUUGAGCGCACAGACCACGGCUCUGACGAGUUCCAGAGGCAUCCGAUCCCUGAGGGUGGCGCUGCAGAACUAGAGGCUUUAGGAGGCGAUGACCCGCUAGAGUUUCUGGAAGGAAGUGAUGCAACAAUCCCUUCGGAACUUGGAACUGAUUCGCCAGCACUGCUUGCUCCAGAAUGUGAUGCAGGAACGCCACACGCACCAGGAAGUGAGUCAGUUGUGGCAGGUCCGGAGGAGAGUGACUCAGCAGUUCCUCAGCAACCUGGAGGUGGUGAGUCGACGCCACAGGUAACAGGAAAUGAUGUCACAACACUUCACACAACAGGAAAUGCUGUCCCAGCUGCUGGCGUGCCGGGGCAGGUCAUGGUGAUCCACUGUGAAGCAGAGCGAGCUCCCAAAGACCAGACGCCAGCACUCGACUCCGCCCACUCAGACCCCUCCUACUUCCUGAAGCUAGCGCUCUUCCCCGCCCACAAAGACAUCAUUCCCAACAUCCUGCAGCGCGACGAGGCCGUCUUCAUCGUUCCGGAGCAGUUUCAAAUCAACGGCUUCAGGUGA